GGCACGCAUUUAGGACUUCGACUUUUCGUGACAGCAUGUCAUUUUCGACAUUUGAUUGAUAAUUUUCUAAAGAUCCAUCAAAUUAGUUUGUUUGAAAGUUACUUUAGGCGCUAAAUGUUAAUAUUUUAUAAUUUUCUCGUAUUGAGAAGGAUGUGAGUAAACGGUUUCGAUAACUGGAGGUCGCGGCUUUGGUUCCCACUAUGAGCGCUCUAAAGUGUGUAGUUGAAGGCUGCAACAUGGAAUAUGAUGUGAUCUGCAGCUUUUCAUUCUACAAUGUUAAUACGUCAGCCCAAACCGAUGAUAAAAGACAGAACUGGAUCGAAGGUGCUAUGCAGGAGGAGAGCGAGUGCCUAUGGAGACACGUGAGCUUGCAGCUUUGUGGGUAUCACUUUGAACUGGACGCGCAAGGACUAUGGAUCGACUCGCCAAUGUUACCUGAACUACUGACGCCGCAGGAACAAGCCGCUCCGAUUCAACAAACAGCCGCUGAUAAGAAAGUGGCUGAUAUCAUCCGUAUGGAACACAACUACUGCGUCGAGGCCGUCAAGGAGACAGCCGAGAGUGUCUCCCGUCUUAACGUCAGGCAACUCGUCGAUACCUUGGGAUAUUUGUCCAUCAAGAAUUUACAAAAGAAACAGCUGUGGGUGGUCAAGGUGGAGACGGACAAGGCGGAGGCCUCGAUCACGCAGUCAGAACAAGUUAUCACCAAGAUGCCAGAUCCGAAACAGAUUAUUGAGAUUGUUCCGCAAACAUCAACAUCUGAAGACCCAGACCUCCAAACCCAGAACGAGGUCCUCCACGUGAUGGAAGAUGGCAAUAUAUCCGAUAACUUCAUAUACGAAAUAGCAGAGGAGCAGGAGAUAACGAUGGAGGAGGUCAAAGAGAUACCCGUCUCGAGUAACAGGGAAUGGACUGUGAACAUUAUACCGGAGGAGACGAAGCCAAAGUAUGCGUACAUUAAACACUGCAACACCGGCAAGAAGAAGAGACACUUCACAGCCGAAAUGAACGAAAUAACACUACAAGGUGACUUUGAAAACUAUUACAUACUACCAGACGUCGAUCCGUCCGUCGGUGUGGAAAUUACAACGAGCUACGAGCCGGAGAACUUCAUAGUCGAGGAAUACCCACAUUUGGUGCUCGAGGAACGUCCCAGGAAGCGAUCCAGGGAUUCGGAUCCAACUAAACGGAGAAAGAAGAAAAUAUCAUCGCCGUCGGUCAGGGAACAGGUGAGGCAGUUGAAGGCCGAGAUCAAAACGGAGAUAGACGAAGACUGGGUUAUUGAUAACAGUGUCUACGAUCAGGACACGUCCGAUGACUACGAUGACAAAAAAGCGGCAAGGGUGAGACGAAAAAAUAAAAAGUACCUCGGGUACGACUUUGUUACCUAACCGGGAUGUGGAACGGAGCGAAAACUUUUAAUCAUUUUUUUUUUUAUUAUUAUUUUAAUUUAGAUAUAUAUUCGCGUGAUCCAAUGCCUUUAGUUCCAAUAUAGUUAUGUUAAUAUUUCUUUACACACUAAAUAUUGUACUUUUAAUAUAAUACGAAUAAUGUUUUUUUUUUUUUGUCAUAUAUAAAUAAGGUACGAAGAUGUAUAGUGGCUUCCAAUGGCAGGAGGUGUUGAGAUGAACAAACUUAAGAUAUACUAUGUUGCAUAAACAGUUCUUGAUUAAUAUAUGUUUAUUUAUAAUACAACACUGUUUCACUUGACUUAUAUCCACUAACCGACAUGAACACCGCAGAUAAUUUAAUCUCGACCGAUGACGUCGCGAUAAUUCAAGGUCGAUGUUUGUUUAUACUCGUCCUGCCAUUAGAACGGACUAAAGUAUAAUGUUGCCGGGUUUUUGAAUCAUGUGGAAUUUCCGGGUCGAUGAAAUAAACUUGUUAGCAAGUGCCCAUCUUCAUAACUGGUAAAUAAAUAUGUUUUAAAAUUAUUA